GCAGUAAAAUUCGGUCUUCAUCUAAUCAAAAGAACCAGUGAAAUUCGAAAGCGAAGGUGGGUGGGAUUAGUUUUGCCGUUUUUGCCUAGAUUCCAUAGAUUAUUACCAGAAAAUCCUCUUUGUGUCCAACAAAAUGACCAAGUAGGUUGCAGGGCCAUUUUUAAUUUUUUUUUAAGGAUACAUUGGACAAAAUAUAAUUCAAUUUUCAUCUCAUAGUUAAAACAACAAACCAAUGAAAUACAGAUGCGCAGUUGGGUGGAGUUAAUUUUAAAUACAUUUUUACCUAUUUUCUAUUGCUUGUGAUAUAAAAUCCACAACCAAUAACUUGAGUGAUUAAUUUCAUUGGCUCUUAAUUGAAGACGAAUCUCAUCUCGACAAAUAUGAUAUUCUGUAACACACAAGAGUGAAAUUAUUUUAUAUGGUUUGUGGAUUUUCUGGACAAUGUUUUACAAAUUUAAUAAAACACAUUUUUUGUGUUUAUUUAAUAAGUAUAACGAUUUAGUUUCUACCAGAUAAAAUUCCACGUUAUUAAUAUUAAGACAGCUAUUAACAACAGUAUGAGGAGCAUUCUUCAGUGUUAAAUGACUUUUGAUGGCUACCAGUCAAGAUUUUACCGAGGAAAUUCUCCACGGAAAUGCCGCCUUCACCAACAAGAUUUACCAAAUCCUUGCCCGGAAACCCGGAAAUGUGUUCUUUUCUCCGUUCAGUCUUCACAUUAUCAUCGCUAUGGCGUACCAAGGAUCACGAAACGUGACUUUAGAAACCAUCCAAAAAGUACUUCAAAUUCCUGACCCCUUAAGCACAGCCAUUGGUUACCAAGAAAUAACGCGCAACUUGACAUCAUUAAAAAACGUACUUUUACACACUGCUUUCAAAAUUUACCUUCGAAAAGAAUUUCAACUUUUAUCCUCAUUCGAAAACACGGUCAAAGAAUAUUUUGACUCUGAAGUGGAAUCCUUGGAUUUUGAUGAAACGAGCGCAACAGUCGAACAGAUAAACGAAUGGGUCUCUGAAAAGACACACGGAAAAAUCAAGAAUAUAGUGAAUGACGAUUUGAUAGCUUCAACCUCUUUGCUUCUUCUUAACGCGAUAUAUUUUAAAGGCAACUGGGCUGUACCUUUUUCUGAAAAUAAGACUAAGGUGAGAUAUUUUUAUCUGAACAAUCGCGAUGUGGUGAAAGUGCAGAUGAUGGAAGGUCGGAAACAUGGUUUUUACAACGACAAUAAACAAUUAAAGUCUCAAAUUCUCGCUUUGCCGUAUGAGGGUAAGGAGAUCUACAUGGUGAUCUUCUUACCAGAAGAUAAAAAUGGGAUUGGAGAACUGGAAGCUCUACUAUCUGAAACGAAUCAUACUGAAAUUUUCAAGCAGUUGAAUGUUGUAACAGUGGAUGUGUCUUUACCAAAAUUUAAAUUCGAGACGUCCAUGGAGAUGGACGACGUGAUACAAGAGAUUGGACUUGAAGUGAUUUAUGACGAAAAUGAAGCCGAUUUUAAAGGGAUGAUCGAUCUCGAAGAGGGAGAGAAUUUGUGCAUAACAAAAAUACUUCAAAAGGCUUGUAUUGAUGUUAACGAAAAAGGAUCAGAAGCAGCUGCCGCUUCAGUUGUAGGGGCGAUUGUUCUGUAUUCUAGCAAAAGAAGUAAACCGAAAAUUUUUAAAUUUGUUGUGGACCAUCCUGCCGUUUUUAUGAUUGUUGCCGGAUUGUUUCAAAAUCCAAACGUUUUAUUUCGUGGAAGACUGUCCCACCCUGAAGAAGUAGCAAGUAGUGAUAUUUUGAGUGAUUUGGGAAAUUUCAUGAGAAACCCCUUAAUAACCAUAAACCGAAUUUUCUAAAUGUGCUAAAACAUCCCCUCGCUAGAUUGGGCAUCCUUUCAGAUGCAAACUUAAUAAAACGAACUAAGAUCAACUUUGUUUCUUUGUUCAAAUCAAU